UGAGCCCUAGCUCCCCCCUCCAUCCCUACCCGCCGCCGUCUUGCCGAAGGGCGAGCGUGGCAUGUGAUACGCGACGCCCAGCUCUGCUCGGCUCCGGGGCUGACGGCGGACGCGUCCCGGCACCUAGGUAUGUCUACUUCCCGAUCUGCAGAAGAAACCUCCCAGGUGGCAAUUGCUUUUUUGGACAGUGAUGAUGAUGAAGGCAAGGCCCCAUUAUCCUUCGAGAGGGCAAAUAAGACUGUCAGUACUGUGAAAGACAUACCUUCCAUUGUGAAUCCUGAUAUUUUCGGCAACAUUGGUGACGAUGCCCCAUUAUCCUUUAGGAGGGCUGGUGAAGAACAUGGGCCCAGGUUAUCCUUCAAGAGGGCAAGUACCUCCGUACUGAAGAACAGGCGCUCAUUUGUGAGUCCUGAUACUUUUGGCAACAUUGGUGGCAAUGCCCCAUUAUCCGUCAGGAGGGCUGGCGAAGAACAUGGGCCCUGGUUAUCCUUCAAGAGGGCAAGUACCUCUAUACUGAAGAACAAACGCUCAUUUGUGAAUCCUGAUAUUUUCGGCAACAUUGGUGACAAUGCCCCAUUAUCCUUUAGGAGGGAUGGUGAAGAACAUGGGCCCGGGUUAUCCUUCGAGAGGGCAAUUACCUCUCUCAAGAAUAGGCGCUCGUUUGUGAAUCCUAAUAUUUAUGCCCCAUUAUCCUUCACGAAGGCUGGUGAAGAACAUGGGCCCUUGUUAUCCUUCAAGAGGGCAAGUACCUCGGUUGUGAAUCCUACUUUGUUUGACAAUGAUGAUGUCAAGGCCCCAUUAUCCUUCAGGAGGGCAACUACCUCCGUGAAGAACACGGCCUCGAUUACAAAUCCUGUUAUUGACAAUGAUGAUGACGAGGCCCCAGUACUUUCUUUCGAGCAAAAAAGUGAAGAUCAUGCAAAAUCAGGGAGUGGAAAUGGUGGAUCACAAGGUGGAAGACCCAAGAAGAAAUAUAAGGGAACCACAUCGAUACCAAGCACUGAAGAAACCAUGGAACACAAAGCGUCAAAUCAAGGACAACAAUACUCAAUCUCAAGGUGCAUGGAGGUGUUGCAUGGCAUGGAUGAUGUAUCCGACGAGAUCAAGGUCCUUGCCUCCGAUGUUUUGAAGGAUGCAUCAAGUCGAGAGUUUUUUCUAUGCUAUGAACCAAGACUCCGUGGUUUGUGGUCGAAGAAGGAAGUGGCUAAACUUGGCACUCAGUUGCCUCCAUGAACAUGCUGCCAAUCUCAAGCACUUUCUGGCUCAUAAGUUCAAGUCUUCGUGCAAAUGUGAAACUGAUUAGAAGAUAUGUUCUAUAGAUUUAUCAUCAUGGUUAUUUUCAACAAAAAAGGUGGAUUAUGUUACUUCUGUUGGUGGAUAUUAUUGCCUUCGGUUUUUGGCUAUGGUUUGGUCUGCGUUGUUAUUGUUUGCAACUUUGCAUGGAGUAUGUGUUCUAAUUGUUGCGUCAUACAGGCCGUAUCUCAUGAGUGCUUUGUGUGCUCGGUUCA